AUGGAAAUAGCUCCUCGAAUGGAAGCUAUGAACUGCCGUGUCCUCCUCGAUGAGGCGCUAGGAUAUCUGGUUGGUGGGAGCUGCUGCCAGCUUCGGAUGACAUCGUUUCCGUUGUACGCUGAGACCUACAAGAUAGGAAAUCUUGUUCCUGCGAAACGAGAACGGCAGUUGUCUGGCGAUGACGCAGUAACGGCGGUUCCUGGCCAGAAUUUGUGCGACAGUGAUCCGAGAGUCUCUUUUGACGGAGGGAAAUACACUGCGGAAAUCUACGUCCCCAGUGCGUUCUAUGGGAAAUUAAUUGGCACUCGAGGAACUACUCGGCGUGAACUGGAAGAGUCCACGGAAUGUCGCUUGACGAUCCCUCGGAAAGGACAGAAGGGAAAUGUUGAAAUCAAAUCAUUCGUUGGUCUCGAGAAUGUACAACGUUGCUUGGAUCGAAUAGAGCUUCUUGUAGCUGAGGCGAGAAAAACG